GCAUUUGCAUACGAUUCGCAUCCUGCUCUCCCUUUGUUAAUCAUGAUGUUAAUAAACAGAGAAUAACUCCGGGGGGGAUAAAGAAACAAAACUGCACGUACAAGUACAUCUUGAAUAAUCCAUGCAUAGGGCACCCAACAAUAAACAUCCCAUAAGAGCAUCUCCAACAGCUGGCCUAAAAUAGGGCAUCAAAAAGUGAUUUUUUUAAUUUUUAGACAAAGAAAUUUUUUAUUUUCCAACAGCUGCCCAAAAAUAGGGCACCAAAACAUCAAAACUAAACAAGAUCAUUGCAAAUUCGAUCCAAACAUGCUAGCAUUCGAAGUUUUAAACAUGCAAACUUAAACAUAGUUCGGGUACGAUCAUGCAAACACACAUAGUUCAAGUACAAAAUGCAAACUUAGAAUACCAAUAACUACAGACAACUAAUAGUGAGGAAGAUCACUCCAGUCAAUGUUGGAAUGCACCACACCAUGAACAUUGUACACAUAUGUACAUAUACUCACCCCUAUGAACGUGUGUAUGUGUGCAUAUCAUCUUGAGAUUGAUGAAAUCACCAUACGCGCCUCCGUAGACGACGAGAAUAUCUCCUCCACUGAACGAAUAUCAUCAGGAAGUCUAAAUAAAUCCAGAAAAAUGUGAUUAUCAGUGUCAACUCUAGUACAAUUUAAACCCUGAUGGGCUAUUUUCACCACAAAGAGCCUUGCCAUCUGAGCUUGGCUCAUUUUGCUAUUAAGAUCAUAGUUUGAUGGACCUGAUUAUGUUACCACAACCCUGCAUUUUCUAGGACUAGUUUUUUUUUGGGGGGGAAUGCAUUUUCUACUUGUUUACUCUCUUUUUUAGAAGCUCUUUGAGAAAAGUGGUAUGCUACUCCUGUCAUGACAGAGCACUAAUUGUUGUUAAUUGAUUGGCUUCAACGCAGCAGCAGUUAAUUGCCUCCUCGUGCGCGCACAUGCUGAGCACAAGAAAGAAAAAGCUUGAAAUAUAUACCUACCACCCCAACCAUGCACACACCACACCAUGACCAUAGUGGAGUUUCCUGCCUCUUUCCAAAGCACACCGCGUGCAUCUCUCACUUUGCUUUAAUUAACUAUUAUUCCCUUAACACCGCGUAUCUCUCUCGCUUUGCUUAACGGACACAUGUAUCCACUGGAGUACAUCAUAUAUAUCCACACAGAGUCUCUCUGCAGCUAGCCUCCAUCUCCGUCCACUUUGACUUGACCCUCCACCGAUCCACCAUGCCUCAAACACUGCCGGACGACCUCCUUGAGGAGGUCUUCCUCCGCCUCCCGCCGGGCGAGCCCGAGCACCUCCUGCGCGCUUCCCUCGCCAGCAAGCUCUGGCUCAGCCUCCUCGCCAGCGCUCGCUUCCGUGGCCGCUACGGCGACCGCCACGGAGCUCCACCCAUGCUCGGCUUCCUCUACUCCUGGCCUGAGUACGCCGGUCCGGAGGACGAAGAACACAAGCCGCACUUCGUCUCGACCACGAAGUUCGCCCCACGUGUCCCCGACGACGAGUGGAGCGAUCUGGCCUACGCUGCGUGGGACUGCCGCCAUGGCCUCGUCCUCCUCGGGGAUAGGUGCAGGUCGCCCAUGGGGUUCGUCGUCUGGGACCCCAUGACGGGCUGCAGGUGGGAGCUCGACGUGCCGACGGGAUACAUGUCCACUAAACAACGGGGGGCCGCUGCCGUGCUCUGUUCUAUGGCUGGCUGCGACCACCGCGUGUGCCAUGAGGGGUGCUUCCGGGUCGUCUUCAUCAGCCUGGACCCGAAAAAUGGUGUUGGUGUUGCACGCGCGGGCAUCUUCUCCAUGGAGAAGGGUGGGGUGAGCAAGCCGUGCUCUCCUCUUCAUCUUGACGAUGGAGCAACCAUCGACCAAAUGCCAUCUGUCCUCGUCCAAGACGCACUUCACUUCAUGGUUCGGCAACCUCAACCUUAUGUAGCACGAGCAAUUCUCAAGUACGACUUGGGCUUUGAUAGCUUAUCGCUGAUUCAUGUGCCGCCGGAGUUGACUACGACUGUUGGUAGCACCAUCCUCAUGGCGAUGGAGGAUGGAAGUUUGGGGAUUGCUGGGAUUACACACGAGGAUAAGUUUAUCCUCCACCUCUGGUCCAAGCAGAUGGGUUCUGACGGAGUUGAGGCAUGGACUCACCGUAGAGCUGUAGAUCUCAAGGAAUUCCUCCCCAUUCAAAAUACCAAGAAAAGAGUUAUUAGACUGAUUGGAUCUAUGGAGGGCAGUGAUAUCAUUUUCGUUACCACAGAUCUUGGCAUCUACGAGAUUAAUCUCAAGUCAUUACGGUGGAAGAAGCUAUUGAAGAGAGAAAGGUUCCGUGCCUUGAUUCCGUAUGUGAGUUUCUGCAAUCCACAAGAAAGGGUGAGCACAAGCGAUGCGGCUCAUUGAUGACAGAGAGUAGUUGAAUAUGCUUAAUGGCACGAGGCCACUAACAUAAUUUCGAGGUGGUGGGGUCUUGUGAUGAGUUAUGCACUAUUUAGUUGCUGGUAUGUGCAAUGGUGUAUGUUUUCUCACCUCGUUGGUGGUUUUCAUGAGUGACCUUGUUAAUUUCCUCGUGUUAGUGGAAUGUGUAAGUGGGUGAAUGAA